AUGGCGGAGCUAGCUGAUGGCACUCCGAAGCAGUAUUUUCUCAAGACAGCCCAGGAACACGGCGCCGUCAUGAUGGAAGGCGAGUUCAAUUCGCUACAGGCUAUCGACCGGGUAAGCCCGGGUUUCGUACCUAAAGUAUAUGGUUGGGGAAAGCUCGAAAGCUCCGAGGAGUAUUUCCUGAUCAUGGACUAUAUUGACUUGAAGAUGGCGCUGCCGGACCCCGAACGAUUCUGCCAAAUACUCGCCGACAUGCAUCAGAAGAGCGAAUCCCCGACUGGAAAGUUCGGGUUUGUCGUGCCCACGUGCCAUGGAAAGAACAUACAACCUAACAAUUGGGAUGGCUCCUGGUGUAAGUACUUCACACGUCUGAUUACCGCCUUCUUCGAUAUCGAUAUCAACGUCAAUGGUCCUUGGAGAGAAUACGAGGAAGCGUUUAGCAUUCUGAAAACCCUCGUCAUUCCUCAGAUCCUAGAGCCGCUGCAGGAAAACGGCCUAAUCUUGAAGCCGUGUCUUGUCCAUGGCGAUUUGUGGGAUGAGAAUACGGGCGUUGACAUCGAUAGAGGCCAGCCAGUGGUCUACGAUGCCUCAGCCAUGUACGCACACAACGAAUACGAACUAGGGAUGUGGCGGAGGGAUGUUAUAAAGAUUGGAGAUGCACACUUUGAGCAGUACCUGAGGCAUCUCCCGCCAAGCGAACCGGUACACCAAUGGGACGAUCGCAAUGUGCUCUACUCGUUGAAGUUCUCCUUGGCUCACUCAAGUGCUUGGCCAGGUUCUACCGCUACCAGAGAGAAGUACGGAAGCCCAGUCGAUAUUAUUUGGAUCCAAGAAAGCUGA